AUGUUCGCUGCACCCGCCACAAUGCUCGUCCUCGCGGCGCUCGCAGCCCUCAGCUCGGCCAUCCCCGCCGCGCAGACGGCGAGCAAGUGCUCCACCGGGCCCGUGCAGUGCUGCGACAGCGUCGAGCACCACACCCAGCCGCAUGUCAACAACCUCCUGCUCGGGCUGGAGCACUUUGGGCUGGUGAAGGGGCUCGUGGGCGGGCUGACGGGCAACGUCGGCAUCAAGUGCAACCCGAUCCUGCUGUCCAGCAACGACUGCACCGCGCAAUCUGUCUGCUGCGAGCACGUCCACUUCAAGGGAAAUAUUGCCGUUGGCUGCACCCCGGCAAACAUUGACAUCCUAUAG